AUGUUCAAGGCCCUAAUGGGCGGGGGCCGGUCGGCGUCCACCUCGGACGCCCGCAGCACAACCAGCUCCAGCUCCAAAACAAGCCGUCGCAAGACCGAUUCCAAGUCUGCCUCCAGCCGCAAAUCCUCACGGGGUGACGACCGUGACCGUGGCUUGGGCGACUUGUCAGCCUACCCUCCAUCCACCUCUGGCAGCAGGCGCGGCCCACCCAGCAUCGCCGGCGAGUCCGUCGCAUCGACCUACGUAACCGCCGAGCCCGAUGCCAUUGAUUACUCCGAUCGCACAGUCGUCGAGCGUACCCCUAAGCGCAGAGACAGUGACCGCGAAAGCAAAAGCUCCCGCCGCCGCGAGCGCGACCGUUCGGAAAGUCGUGAGCGCGAGAGGAGGAGAUCUAGCCGUCGCAGUGGAGACGAUACCUACGAUGAUGAUCUGGAUAGAGACCGUGAGCGCGACCGUCGCGACCGCAGUCGCACACACUCGGGAGACCACUAUGUUCCGCCUAUCUCUACGGCCAUGCCGUCCAGCGCCCCGGGCGCCCAAUUUGCCGCCGACAUUGCGGCACCGGGGUUCUCGCAAUUCCCCAUGCAAUACGACAAUGCGAUCCAGCCGCCUGUCACGACCGCACCGGGUCAUUCUCCGGGGCAUGAUGCUUCACCUACAGCAUUCGAUCCCCAUGUACAGCAACAAUUCCCUGGUCAAUUCCCGUCUGGCACGGCGCAACCUUAUUUCCCACCUAAUAAUCCUGCGGGCGCCGCUGCAGACUACUAUGGCGAUCAAGGGCAGUCUGUCGGUGACCAACCGGGUGUUCGACCGCAACAGCCUGCCAUCAUUCCCAAUAGCCAAGCGCACUUGAUGGCAGCGUCGCCCUCGGCCAAUCCCCCACCCGAGCCUAGCAGCUUGGGUCAGGUUGGUGCAGCAGCAGCGUAUUUCACAGAGGACAUUCCGCAUACCGAAUCGCAGACCAAGCCACCGACAGGUUCAUCAUCCAAGCCUCCCAAACCCGGUAAGCCGUUCAAGCCUUCCUCGUCAAGUGCUAUCCCAGCAGCCGCCGCGGCAGCGGCAGUGACCUAUGGUGUGGGCAACUACGAAGAAUCGCAGGCUGCAGCAGCUUAUCAACACGAGUCUUAUUCCUCGACAACGGUUCAACAAACCCACUCGUACUCGCAACCAGCUCUGACAAGUACUUCGAAGCCUCCCCAUUCACAUGGCAUUGGAACUGGCAUUGGGAUGGCAGCGGCUGGUGCAGCAGCGGGCUACAUGGUGGGCCAUCAGCACCACGAAUCUAGCCCUACGCACUCGUCGCAGUACACCUUCCAGAACUACGAGCAAUCUUCCCACGGCAGUGUUCCACCCUACGGUGCUGGCCCCAACAACGCCAUGAUCGCGGCUGGUGCGGCUGGUGCCGCGGGAUACGCUGCGCACGCCGCCCACAAUCCCGGUUUCUACCCCCACGGUGGCCUUGCAGUUCAACACCGGCAUCGUGGACCACUUACAAAGUUUGUGGAUUUCUGGCGUGAUCCUGAGGGCGUGGGUCGGUUCGAAGACUACACUGAAACCAUCGGUGUGUGCAAGUACUGCUUCGAGCCCGGGUCCACCUCUAUGAAUGCGCCUCGUAAGCAUCAUUAUCACGCACGCCGCCACUCUGCCGAUCGUUAUAGCAGUGGAAGUUCGUCGCGAAUCACCAAGCUUAGCCGGUAUCAUUCCUCCGAGGACGAACGCCGUAGUCGCAAGCGCUCGUCCAAGAAAUCCUCUUCCUGGCUCCCGGGUAUGCUGGCUGGCUACGCGGCCAAGUCAAUCUUUACCGGCAAGGACUUUGAUGACUCGUAUAGCGUCCGCUCAGGUCAUGUCUCCGGUGAUCGAGUCUCAACUUAUGACCGUGAAGAUGACCGGAGAAGCUAUACUUCUCGUGGUGUUGUUCGUCGCUCUGGUCGCAGCUCUCCGCGUGAGUCCCACUCCGACAGCAAACAUACCCGACGGACACGCUCUCGCUCGCGAUCAUCUUCCCGCUCUGGUCACCACUCCUUUGUGAAGGAGGCUGCUCUCGGUGCAGCCGUUGGUGGUGCAGCCCUCGCAGUUGCGAAAUCAAGUCGCCGUUCCCGCAGCCGCUCACCUUCUCGGGUUCAUCGCCGCAAGGAUUCCUCAUCUAGCACAUCCUUCGUGGACGUCUCGCGACCUUCUGCCAAGUCUGUCGGCGGUUUCACGUCUUUCUUCACCUCCUCGUCUGAGAACCGCAAGAAGGAGAAAAAGAAGCAGCGCUCUAAGAAGUCUAGAGGAUUUUUCUCCUUCAAUAGCUCGUCUACCUCUUCGCUUGAUGCGGAUCUGGCAUUUGGAAGCGGCUUUGCCAAGAAGUCAUCCAAGCUGCAGAAGAAGAAGAAGGGCAAGAAGAAUGAGGACGUGGAUGCCGCUCUCAUCGGGCUUGGUGCGACGGCAACGGCCCUUGCCGCUUCGUCUCAAUUCCGUAGCGGACGCAGUACUGGUCAGAUGAUGACUGCCAGAGAUACCCGCCACACUAAUUACACUUCUUCAGCAACCAACGAUGAUGAAUGGAUCGAUGCCGAAUCUGAGGACCAGUCCUCGUCAAGUGUCAGCUCUGCUUUGGCUUUCGGUGCCAGCAGUGCCGAAUCUAGUUCCGACUCGAACAGCAGCGGUGGUUGGAAAUGGGGAUGGGGUAACAAGAAGAAAAAGAAGGACAGGAAAUCUUCCAAGAUGGACGCUGCCCUGGCGGCUGGUGCUGGUGCCCUCGGUGGUGCCGCCAUUGCUUCGGUUGCUCGCCGGCGCGACAGUCGUCCUCCGAGCGAGGCUGGAAGUCUUCAGCAGGUCUAUCCCAUGCCCACCUCUGAUCCAUCCCGCUUUGAUGUUGCCAAGAUGUCUCCCUCUGUGGUGUCUGGUGAUCAGCCACCUCUUGUUCGCCCUGGUCCUAUUCCUCUCCAGCAGCCCCAACCAUACACUCCCGUGUCUCAGGCUGUGUACACCACCCAAGGAAGCUUGCCUGGAGCAAUUCCUGCCUACAGCCCUGGUGCCGUUCCUCCCAUCUUUGCCAAUGAGUACGAUCAGUACAAUAUGCAACAACAGGGCUCUCGAGAUGCUUCCUACGUUCGUGAAGAUGCCAGCUUCAUUGAGCGUCGCAAGCCUCAUCGUAGCGAUUCUUCGCCCGUCUUCCCUACGCAGGAGAGCGUUGUCUCAGCCCCCAAGCGCCGAUCUACCACCCGUGAUCAAGCCUCUGUGUCUUUCGACUUGACCGAGGAGCAAGCCGAGCGUGAACGCCGCCUUGACCGACGUGACCGCAAAUCACGGGAUGAUAUCCGAGAUGAGCCUGUGCAGAUGAUUGAUCAUGAAGAGGAGCUGGCUCGGGAGGAGGCAGAGCGUCGUGAACGCCGAGAGCGCCGCAAGUUCCGGGAGGAGGAAAAGCGCCGCAGCGAUAGCGACAAGGAGAAGGAUUCCUCUUCCUGGGUCGAAGCAGCUGCCAUCGGAGCUAUCGGAGCCGUUGCCGCUAGUUCCAUCGUUUCAUCUCGUAAAUCACACGAGGAGGACACUUCCGAAACCAGCUCACGACACCGCGAUCGCCGUGCUGAACGUCGCGCCGAACGACGGGGUGACUCGUCAGUGAUCUCCAAGUCUGACGUCCCCGAGCCAAUUGAGGACAAGGCUUCGUCAGUAUCAAAGGAAAGUCGCGACAAACCUACUUCUCGAAAGUCUCCCCGUCCAGCUCCCGUGUACGAAGACUACGCUGAAUUCUUCGCCCCCGAGGAAGUUCGUCACAGCCCUGAUCAACAUUCGCGCGACCAAGACCGCAGUCGAGACUCUGGUGAGCCUCAGAUCGUCGAAGUGGUGCCUGCCAGCGAGCGAGAGAAGAACAACGACGAGCCCCGUGAUGACUUGCCGCAGUUUGCGCAAGAACCUUAUGAAGGACGUGAUCAUCUCCCGUGGCCGGUCCCACGGCUAAAUUUCAUUGAUCCCACCCCUCCGCAAAGUGUCAAUGGCUCUGUCCGUGGAAACUCGCCGCUCGUUACUCCAAUUGAGCCCGUUAUCGAAGAAGUGGAACCCAAGGAACGUGAACAUCAACAAGGAUCUCAACCCGAGCCUGAACCUGAGCCUGAGCGCGAACGUGAACGACCCUCGACUGGUUCGCGGGUCUCCUGGGGACCGCAUCAGACCCAUGAAUAUGAGAUUCCAUCUUCAUCCGAGCAGGACCCUCAUUCUCCGAUUGAAGAAAUCACCAGAGAUCUGUCUAUGACGGAGCUGGAGAAGGAGGAGUCUAAGGAUGUCCACGAGAAGAUUGACUUUGGUAACGACAUUGAAUUUGCUGCUAUCGCUGCUGCUGGUGCCCAAGCAGCUGGUUUUGAUCCUUCCGUCGUCAUCAAUGAUCCAUCUUACCACACUCGCACCUCACCUCCCGGGUCGGAGGAUGAGGGCACCUUCUCCCCUCGGUCCAAGUGGGCUGUGCCCCCUCAACUAGACCAACCCCAUGGAUUCGUCGAAGGCGAGAUUGACAGCUACGCGCCGAGCAAGUCUCGGGACAUUGAGCCAUCUGUCGAACAUGUCAUCGAAGAGAAGCCCUUCUACGCGGAACCGGAUACGUUCACUAAAGAUAAGGAUGAUUCAUCCUUCCAGCGGCGGGACCGCGGCUCAAUCGCUCAAGAAGUCAUUGAGCAGCUGAACGGAAGGAGCCCGCGAUCUACCUCUCCUGACAAUGAUGUCUUCUCCAUGCCUGGCGGCUUCGAGAGCGUUGAUGUCCCUCGUGAUGAUGUCCGCUCCGUCUUCUCUGCUCCACCUGAGCGCGAGUCUGAGAAGAGCAAGUCCAAGAAGUCUCGUCGCAGUGGUGAUGAUUUCGUGUUCCCCCGUGAAGUUUCCUCGCGUGAGCGUGAUGCUGCGUCGCUCCCCGAGGAAGUUGAGGAGAAUGCUGAAGAAAAGUCGACACACCGCAAGCACCGGUCCAAGCACGGUGAAAAUGAUUCCUUCUCGGUGGACGAUGAUGCUAGAUCUGCAAUCACCUCUGUCGAGGAUGUGGAGAAGUCGGAGCGACGCAAACAUCGUCAUCGCUCGUCGCGUGACAAGGACUUUGAUGAUGCUGCCUCCAUUGCAUCCUCACCUGCUGCUGCUUCUUAUGAGGAUGGUGACAAGUCUGAGCGACGCAAGCAUCGCCAUCGCUCGUCUCGUGACAGGGAAUUUGAUGACACGGCCUCCAUUGCAUCCUCACCUGCCGCUGCUCAGUAUGACGAUGAAGAGAGGUCUGAGCGACGCAGGCGCCGUUCUAAGCGUGAUAGUGAUACUUUCUCCGUGGAUGAUGACGCUCGAUCUGCUAUCACGUCUAUUGAUGAUGCUGACAAGUCUGAACGACGCAAGCAUCGCCACCGUUCCUCGCGUGAUAGAGACUUUGAGGACAAUGUCUCCGUCACCUCUUCUCCGGCCCGAAUUGAUGAAACCCGCGAGAAGCGACGGAGCAAGGACGGCAAGGAUGAGAAGGAGAAAGACAAGAGUGGGAGCAUCUUGCGCAGCAUCUUUGGCUCGCGCGUGUCUGCUCCCGAGGGUCGUACCCGUUCCAAUCAAUCUUCACGAUCUUCCUCUCUAGAGAAGCGUCCUUCUCGUGAUGCUGUGUCCGAAGCUGGUGUCGAUGACGAGAGCCGCCGCCGCAAGAAGCGUUCUUCGAGACAUCGCAGCUCCAGUGGAGGUGAUAAGCUGGAUGAUGCUUCGGACAAGGAGGGUAGUGUUCGGGAUGACGCGAAUCUGGAGGAAUACAGGUCACAAAGGCAGCAGAAGGAGGAGCGUCGUCGACACAGAUACGAGGAAAUUGUUGAAUCGGGCAAACGUCGGGAAUCUGAGAAGGUAUAG